GAGUUUGUGUUUUCCUUGUGCAACCUGCCGGCUAAUUAGUGCGGUCUCGCCGCGUCCCCAAGUGCAUCGAAGGGAUCAGUUCAGUUGCAAUGCAGAUACCAAUCAGUGCGGACGUGUUUCGGUGUGUCGGCCGUAGUGUGUGCGUUUGAGCACGCCGCCCGUGUUGACCACCAGCGAGGUCGGUUGCGAUUGUUCCAUACCUGCGGGGAGGAAAAUCGACAGGUUUUGGGAAAGUUUUGCGUGCGUGAAGUUUUGACCGUUGCAUUUUGGAAAGCGAUUUUCUCCGAUUGGGGAUUGUGCACUGAUGGUGGACCAAGAAUAAGAAGAAUCCAAUGAUGGUGGUAAUCAUGUGGCCUGGAAUGGACCUUAUACGAGAUGCUGCGGUGGCCAUGGCAGGAGGACUACAACGACCAGUAGAAGAAGGAAGCAAGGGCAACAGCAGCACGGAAAUGCAAUUAACGAAGAAUUUGGUGCAAAUAAAGUGAAAACGUGUGUCGUUCGGUUGAUUUAUGGGAUUUGCAUUUUGGGGCCGGCGACGACGACGACGACGACAGCGACUGUGAACUGUGACGACAACCAAUAAGACGGCGAAGGCCGGUUUCGGCUUCGGGGAGGAUUCUGUUGUGUUUCUUGCUUCACCCCUUAUCUCUGUGGUGCGCGGUGUGUGGAUACAAAUUUGAGGUAAUAAAGAGGAAUUGGCAAUCAAGAUCGGACUAAAUGCGAGCGUGUGCUGAAUUCGGUGCGACGUGGAUAAAGGGUAUUUAGGGAAGCGAAAAGUGCACAGUAUUUUGUAUCAUUGAUGGGUGAUGUUUUAUCGUGGCGAUAAGCGCUAAAUUUAGACAAGAUGAAACGCCAGUGAUAAUCGACGGGAGGAGAAGGAGGUGGUCAGCUGAAUAAUUAACAGCCAUCGGUAUCGGUUCUGUUUGCUGUGCCAUACAAUUGCGGGAAGUGAGGCAAAAUGUUCAAGAUGUUGCACACGAUUGGAGUGCUGAAAUUGAUCCUAAUCCAGCACAUGAUUGGCGUUUCGUCCAUGAUGAACAUCGGCAGUGGUGGGGCAGGGCUGGGCCCGGUAGCCAAUCGGAGACACACUGACAACCUGCUGAUUGCUCGGUGUCGUUCCAAAUGUACGAACACAUUCGACAAAAUGAUGUGCGAAAGCACCUGCAUCCGGGACUAUUUGGAAAACUCGUCCUACAAAAAGUACGGCGACUGCCCGAAGGAUCCGCUGAACCGGUUGGAAGCGAUUUGCUUCAACACUUGCCGGAGUACGGACUACAACUGCCCGGGGGUGGAAAAAUGCUGUGCCCAUUCGUGCGGUAUGAGCUGCCAGAGCCCGGUCGGCUUGAGCAAGGUCCGUGGUCUACCGCCGGUUCCGUUCCACGUCAGUCUCCGCGAAGCCGGCCGUAGCUUCCGCAUGGCCGAAAUCCACUGGGACAUAUCGCUGGAGGAGGAAGAAUCUAGUGCGAUCUACUUUGUGGUGGAAUCCCGGCACCAUAUCGGGAUCAACUUUGCCGAGCGGAAGCUGGAGAACGAUUGGCAGAGCCACACGCCGGUUGGGAUCUAUGAGGUCAAACGAACCGGAAGCCUCAAGAGGUACGUCGGGGAUAUGAAGCUCAAACCGGGACGCUGGUAUCAGGUUCGGGUGGCGGCGGUUAAUGAGCUGGGUACCCGGGGCUAUUCGGUCGUUUCCAAGGAGUUUCAGUUGAGUAAAAAACCGAAUCCACCUCAACCACCGAAGAAUCUCACCUUGGGACCAUUGGUACCGAACGUAAAUGGGACGUACAGUCGGAAAAUCAUGUGGAUGCUUCCUCGGUCGGAUCUUCCGGUGGAAAAGUAUAAAAUCAGCUGGAGUUUGUACUUGAAUGCAAGUAGUGGAGCACGGGCAGCAAACUCGUCACUCUUCAAGGAAAUGGCUACCGUAUCGGCGCCCACGAGACACUACGAGAUCAAAGGACUGCAACCGAACAGUAUUUACUAUCUGCAGAUACAUGCGGUAAGUGUGUACGGCAAGAGGCGACUGAAGUCUGCUGCCAGUAGCGAACUCAUGGACACUACGGUGGAAGCCGGAGGCGCUAUCAAGCAACCCAGUAUGGACAAUAUGUUGAUGAAUGAUGCCAGCUAUCAUCGUCGCACAAAAUCCGGAGGGAGCACCCUGGGCUUGAACUACAAGUUCGUUCCGCGCAAAACGGGGUUCACCGUGAGGCUCACGUGGCCCGAUAGAAGUCCCAGCGGACGCUAUCGAUUACAUUUGUGCCGUGGCACGAGGGAUUGCCUAUCGAAACCGAUGGGAGCCAAUUCCCACGAUGUAGUUGUAAAGCAGAAAACUUCCUACGAAUUUUCGAGUCUGGAGUUCGAUACCAAAUACACGGUUGGAUUGAGGCACAAUCGGAAGCGUGCCACCGGUCCAGCCAAUCAUCAUCAGCAACAGCAGCAUCAAAAUCAUCAGCAUCAUCAUAAUCAACUGGGACCGGCGGCGUACGAUAGCGUACGGACGUUCGUGACGCCAAAAUGUGAGCACUUUCGGAAGACGCAUCCCGACUUUCCGGUCGAGUGUUCCGUUUAGGAAAGCAACAAGCAACAUGACAACAUUUAAUGACUAAAUGACAAACAAGCAUGAAUUCUUUCCCGCCAUAACUCGCCCAUAUAGGAGCCCAUUUUUCCACUACGACCGAACUGCUGGUGGUGGACGCAUCAGGAUAAUUAUGCCUCCACCGGUAGCGAAGGUUCUGUAGCGAACCUCCUUCGGUGCGGAAAAGAGGUUAUUUUAUUGAUUUUUGUUUUAAGAGCUAAUUAGUACUUUUUUGUUUAGUUUUAAUGCUGUGCUGCCAUUUUAUAUUCAAUGUAGAUGAAAUUUAGCCGGAAUAUAAACAGAAUACAAAAUGUGAAUGUUGAUAAUAAAGAAAUAGUUUGCAUCCUUGUAGCAGAGACGA